CUCCACAACCACCACCAUGCGACUAUCGAAUUUCUUUUCAAAGUGCAUCAACGCCUGCUUCGUUCUUACCUUCCUUGCAAACCCCACGUCAUCAUAUUUCAUUAUCACGGAGCCGGCGGCGGGAAGACAGUGGGUGAACGGUGCUACCAACCUUGUUACUUGGGAGAAGGGUGUGCUGGAUGGCGUCUACGGGUUUGAUGUCGAGAUGGCACGCAUGAGCCAGGACGGGCUCAUGAAACUUGCCCGCAACGUUCCUUCGGCCUCCAACGCCAUAAAUCUUCAAUUACAAGACGUACCUGCGGGUGACGACUACUUCCUCAUCUUCAUCAACUCAACGAUUGGUGUCCUAUACGCUACUUCCUCACGUUUUACAAUCCUUGCCGCAUCGAGUACGCCUACCUCCCAAGCGCCGUCACCGGAUGCCAAGGUAUCGACUGUGGCUGUGAGCGGAGGCCCAAAUCCAACAGCUCAGUUUGCUACCACAUUCCCGGCGAUCGCUAGCGCCGCCGUUGUCAGGUGGGAGGUGGGGAUGGAGCAUUUAGCGGGCCUGCUCAGUGUCACGAUAGGUGUCGUCUUUGGGGCUAGUUGGACUUUGCUUUGGUGAUAUGGGCUGGGUGCUGCAGGGUGUGGGAAUGGCCUUGCACCCGACCACCUUUGGUGUGGCAUUUAUCGUGCCAAUGUCGCAUUCAACGUAGGCUGCCGUCCAGAAAUCUAUUUUCUUUGUCCCGCCCGCCACCUAUGCCUACCCCCGUGGUCGCGCUUCUGCUCCCGAAGGAUUCUGAGCACCUAAAAGAUACACAACUAUUUUGCAAGCCCGCCGCUCAUACGGCUUCCUGUCCUUUCCCACAACUACCUAUACCCCGUGGACAUAUAGCAGUAUCACUCGUCAUUUCACUCUUUUAAAUAUACUAAAUACUUUACAUUAUAUGCUUCGAGGUC